UAACCCCCACAACAGAUCUGGUUGUUUAGUGGUUCUUAUUAAGAGACGGGAAUGUAAAUAGAAAACAUCAUAUUGUUGCUCAUUAGCUUUUAGAGUUAGUUCUAGAUGUCAAACAAAAACUAUUGCUGCUAUUUGGACUGCAAAGAUCUAUGUGGUUCCAUUGUUGCGGCUAACCAGGCACACUCACAGAGUUUCUUUUUAAUUUUACUAACAGCUGUAUUUGGAGUGGUCCUGCAUGUGGUUUCAACCUCACUGCUUGGCAUUGCUGCAAUUACCAUGGCCACUACAAUUGCUGGUGAGAAAAUAGUGCAUAGGCUUGCAUCCUUGCUUCUCAUAAUUCUUGGAGGAAGUUAUGUUCUGCUAUUCUUAUUUGAUAAGGGAGGCCACAGUUCCUCCCACAACUAUCCCUUGGAGAACAUGGCUGUGGCUGGACUUAUUCUUGUACCAGCAUUAUCUCCUUGUGCAACAACACUUCCUGUUUUCCUUGCUAUUGGCAACUCCUCAUCUAUGAUGGUGCUAGCUAUUGUUGUGCUUCUAUUCAGUACUCUAAUUGUGAUGAUAUCUCUGGUAGCCCUCUCAUUUUAUGGAGCCAGCCAGCUCAAAUUUCACUGGGUGGAGCACUACGACAAGCUUAUUUUAGGUUCAGUGCUUUGCCUGGUUGGUGUACUGACAUUUGUUCUUCAUGACCAUGAUGGUGAGGAGCAUUUAGUUGUGGAGGAUGUGCCAAGAAAGCUUAUUGUCUUAUGAUAAAAAUUGGGCAAGUUACCUUGGAGCCAGAGGUUUGGGUCACAUGGUGAUGAUAGUUUGAGCCUACAAUACAAAUUGUAGCAAGUCAUUGUGCAACUGCAAGUUGGUCAGAGCCUGGUGAGCAUGAAUUGAUAGAGUACAUAAUUGCAUUUUCCCCAACUUAAGAGGAGAGGAAUUUUGGUGUUCAUAUAAACUCAAGGGAUUUUUCAGUGAUAAAAG